AUGACCCCAAAUCCCCCCAGAUUCCCCCUGGACCCCCACCCCCUGUCUGACCCCUCCCCUGCAGGUGACGGGGCGUGGCCCCCGGAGCCGCCUCCUCCCCCGCCCCCGGCUCAGCUGCUGCUCGCGGGGUCCCAACUGGCCGGGGACAUUCAGCAGCUGCUGCAGCUCCAGCAAUUGGUGCUCGUGCCGGGACACUCCUGCAGCCCCCCCACUCCUGCUGCCUCACAGCAGGGGCAACAAGCAGGGGCAACAAGCCUCCCGGCCGGGGGUCCCGGAGCCGCCGCCACUCCGGGGAGGGGGGACUCAAAUGCCCUCGAGCCCCUCGGGCCCCCCGAGGAGCCGAACGACCUGGAGGAGCUGGAGCAGUUUGCCAGGACCUUCAAACAGAGGAGGAUCAAACUGGGCUUCACUCAGGGCGAUGUGGGGCUGGCCAUGGGGAAGCUGUACGGGAAUGACUUCAGCCAGACGACGAUCUCGCGCUUCGAGGCCCUGAACCUGAGCUUCAAAAACAUGUGCAAGCUGAAACCCCUGCUGGAGACCUGGCUCAGGGACGCUGGGACGCUGCCCGUCGACCCGCUGCCCGAGCCCUGACUGAGCCAGCCCGACUCGCGAGCGCCUCGCCUCGGUGCCCUGAGGCUCCCGGACGGGUACAAGAAACGAACCAGCAUCGAGACCAACGUGCGCUUCGCCCUGGAGAAGAGCUUCCUGGCGAACCAGAAGCCGACCUCAGAGGAGAUCCUGGGCAUCGCGGAGCAGCUGCACAUGGAGAAGGAGGUGAUCCGGGUCUGGUUCUGCAACCGCCGCCAGAAGGAGAAGAGGAUCAACCCCUGCGGGGGCGCCGGGACCCCCCCGGGCAUCGGGAGCACCGGGAACACCGGGAUUGGGAACACCGGGAUCGGGAACACCGGGAUCGGCCCCGGGAACACCGGGAUCGGCUCCGGGGAUCGGCUCCGGGAUCAGCUCCGGGAUCCGCCCGGGGCUCCCCCACCCCCCCGGGAAGCCCCCGAACUACGGCGCUCACGUGGUGACCCCGCCCGGCCCCGCCCUCGGCCUCCCGGCCCCCAGCAGCCUCAGCACAACAGUGACUACCUUGUCGUCGGCCGCCGGCUCUGGGACCCCCCGCGCUGCGGGGGGUCGAGGCCCCUCCCCGGGACCCUCCCGCCCACGCCGCCGCCCCCCCGGCGCUGCCCCUCCCCCUCGGCCUCGGCUCAGGGGGUUCGGUGCUGGGGGGUCUCAGGGCCCCUCCCCCGCUGGCCACCAUCCAAGCCCUGGCCGUGCCCGGGCCCCGCCCCUGCCCGGCCUGGACCUGGGGGCGGCGCGACCCCCUCGCUCUUCCUCAACCUGGGGGCCCGGGCGCCCCUCCCCGCGCCCGCCCCUCCCCUCGCCCCCUCCCCCUCCUCCUGCUCCUCCUGCAGCGACAGCAGCGACCCCCUCGCCCCUCCCCCUACCGCCCUCCCCGGGAGAUGCCUGACCCCCCGACCCCCGAGCGCACACAAAUACCUCAAAGCGCCCCUUUUGGCCCCGUUUGGGUGGCAAAAACUGUGA